GUGAGCAGAUUUCCUUAUCCGGGAAUCGCAGGCCGGGUGGCCAUUGGCUCGGAGGAUCACGUGGGCCCCUAACUUUGUUCACUUGACAGUAAGUAGGAGGGCUUUCGGAAACAGGAAAACGAGUCAGGGGUCGGAAUAAAUUUUAGUAUAUUUUGUGGGCAAUUCCCAGAAAUUAAUGGCUAUGAGUUCCUUUUUGAUCAACUCAAACUAUGUCGACCCCAAGUUUCCUCCGUGCGAGGAGUAUUCACAGAGCGAUUACCUACCCAGCGACCACUCGCCGGGGUACUACGCCGGCGGCCAGAGGCGAGAGAGCGGCUUCCAGCCCGAGGCGGCCUUCGGGCGCCGUGCACCCUGCACCGUGCAGCGCUACGCGGCCUGCCGAGACCCCGGGCCCCCGCCGCCUCCGCCGCCCCCGCCGCCCCCGCCACCACCCGGGCUGUCCCCUCGGGCUCCCGUGCAGCCACCAGCCGGGGCCCUCCUCCCGGAGCCCGGGCAGCGCUGCGAGGCGGUCAGCAGCAGCCCCCCGCCGCCUCCCUGCGCCCAGAACCCCCUGCAUCCCAGCCCGUCCCACUCCGCGUGCAAAGAACCCGUCGUCUACCCCUGGAUGCGCAAAGUUCACGUGAGCACCGUAAACCCCAAUUACUCCGGCGGGGAGCCCAAGCGCUCUCGGACCGCCUACACUCGCCAGCAAGUCCUCGAACUGGAGAAGGAAUUUCACUACAAUCGCUACCUGACGCGGCGCCGGAGGGUGGAGAUCGCCCACGCGCUUUGCCUGUCGGAGCGCCAGAUCAAGAUCUGGUUCCAGAAUCGGCGCAUGAAGUGGAAAAAAGACCAUAAGUUGCCCAACACCAAGAUCCGCUCGGGUGGCACCUCGGGCACAGCCGGAGGACCCCCUGGCCGGCCCAAUGGAGGCCCUCCCGCGCUCUAGUGUCCCCCCAAGCAGGAGCUCGAACCUGGGGGGCGGGGGUGGGCUUGAGCACCGAAGGGGGAUUCGGGGUUAUGGGAGGGUCCCCAGGCUUCGCCCACAAAAAAAACCCCUAUCUACUCUACUCCCACUUUAUCUAUAAGGAAUAAAAUACCGAGAAGGGGGGGGUAGGGAAGCCUUAUUUAUAGAAACGACAAUAGGGAGCCGGGUGAAGACCUCCGGAAGCAAGAUUCAAGUCUCUUGCUUUCUUCCUUAAAAAAAAAAAAAAAAGAAAGAAAGAAAAGAAGAAGGAAGAAAGGAAAAGACAGAAAGAGAAAUGGAGGAGGCUGCUGCGCCUGGUUUUCAGCUUUGGUGAAGAUGGAUCCACGUUUCAUCUUUAAUCACGCCAGGCCUGGGCCCAUCUGUCUUGUUUACUCUGCCGAGGAGAGGACGAGCCUCGGUGGCGACCAUUACCUCGACACUCGCUAACAAAUGAGGCCCGGCUCGGCCACUGCUGCCGCCUCUGCUGCUGCCGCUGCUGGACCGCAGCCUGGAUUGUCUUUCUUUGUCCCUUACUCCUGACACGCAGCGAAUGCACCCUCUGACUGCCAGAUAGCACAGUGUUUUGGCCACGGUAACAAACACACACACAACUUCUCUCCCUGUCGGUGCCCACCUUGGGUGGGUGGGCGGGGGACGACUGCUCACCCCCUUCCACCAUAGGUUUAGAAGGGGGAACAGAAGGGA